UUUGACAGUUGCACCUUCACAAACGUAUUGAUAGAGUUUGUUGGGCUCUCUCACACAGAGUUCUCCCGGAAAUAUAGAAUAAUUGCUGUUGAAUAGUCCGAAUUAUGAUUAGCCAUCGGAAAAGAAAUAGUUAAUUCAGUGAAACAGUGGAUUUGAAAGUAGACGCGUUUUCAGCAUAGAAUUGUUAACCAAAUUUAGGUUUUAGUUAUCCAUUUCAAGAGUUCUUUUCAUUGGAUUUCAAAGACAAUUUUAUGGACUAGCUUCUAGAAAACGUUCAAGCCAAAGUCUCCACAAUAGAGUGGUGUUUUCAAAAUACGAAAUAGACCAGUUGUUGUGCCAAUACAGAUAACCAUUUCGUUACUAUUGAAAAUGAUUUUUUACAGGGGUGUCGCCUUAACAAUAACAUUGGCACUAAUUAAUAUUAAUUUAAUAGUCCAGUCAAUGCAGAAGUAUUCAAAUUAGUAUUGAUUAAUGAGAUUGCUAAUGCUAAGCCGACAUUUCUGGUUUUAUAGAAGGCAUUGAAACCUCUGAGUCAUCUUAAUUAAGUCAUGGAGAGAUGUUCAAUGAAUGGUAUAAGCACGAAAGAAGAAGUUGCUUAAAGCGAUAAUUUCAUUUUUCAUGAAUUUACGGUAAAACAAAGCACAAUAGAGAUCAUUCGUUAAUAUCAAAUUUCAUCGAGCGGAAAAAACGGAUUCUGCUGGUUUGAAUAGGUGCCCUCCUUCCUCCCCCCUCCCCAAUUUUUUACUGCUUAACAAAUAUCAAAAUAUGAGAAGAAUGUAGAACAUUGUGAUGAUCAAAUAAUAAAACGAAGAAAUUAAUUUAAAUUAAAUGGAACAAACAAUACAUUUUCUACUUUGAUUGUUAACGCAAUAAUAAUUGAUUCUUUGUAAAAAUAGGUACCAAAAUUAAAAUGUUUUAUAUUGAAGAGUGUUAUUGAGAAUGAUUUAGAAUUUGUUUAUUUAAAAUGGCUUCUUAACAAUCUUAAUCAUAUUACAAAGCUAAAAAUUGAUUUAAGAAGUGGAGUAAUGUGGAGAACAGGUCAAUUAAUAUGGAAAUCUGUUAUUGGUGCAAAUUUUAUUCGUCAAUAUUGUUUACCUGAUAAAAUGAUUCAUUUAAAAUACUUUCAUUUUUAUAUUGGUAGAAGAUAUGAAUUAUCAUUAGUUGAUAUUGAAAACACAAUUAAUUCUUUUAAAAAGGAUACUUUUUUUAUUUCACAUCAAUGGACUAAUAUUAAAUUUUUAUAUGAUAAAAACGAGUCAUAUCAACAUAUUUUUUCUAAUUUCAAUAAAUCACAGCUGUCUGAUAGUUUAUUUACUCAGCCCUUUAUGUAUGAUUGGUCAGAUACUCGACAUAUUUCGAUUGAUUUUGAUUCAUCUCUUUAUUUAUUUUUCGAUCAAUUGAAUGAACUAUGUUCUAAUGUUGCCUCUAUCACAAUUUAUAUAAAACAUUAUAUCAACGAAUCAAAUAAGAUGACAACACUAUUCAAAAUGGGAGAGAAAACUCUAAAUUAUAUUCAACUUCGCAAUGUUACAACGCUUCGAUUUGGAAUUUAUCGCGGUCGUACGGUUUUUUCUUGUGAUACAUUAACAGAUCAAGAUAAAGAACGUGCAAAAACAUUUGCUCAUCUUCUUUCAAUGCCUGUUCAACUCAAAUAUCUUUUUAUGCAAAGAUUCGAAUGGCUUUUAUAUGUUACUCAAUAUGCCGCUGAUGAAUUGCGAAAAAAUGCAUUAAGUACUAUCCGAUAUGCUGAAUUCGGUAUUCCAAGUUGCAAUCUUGGUAAAAAUGAAUCGAUUCAUAGUGGUAAACACCUUGUACCUAUUCUUCGUACUUAUAUGCCACAUUUACACGUAUUACAAUUAUGGAGACCAGAUGAUUUUCCUUGGACAUCUCUUCGACCAAAUUAUAAAUCUAGACAGUUAUAUGGACCUUUUCUAGCACGAUGGAUGCGAUCUUUAUCAACCCUUGAAUCUAUUAAUGAUCAUGUAUCGGUUUUUGAACAAGAUCUUUCUCAAUUAGUUGACCAAUUAAAAGAAUUUAUCUUUCUUGAUAUUCGUGGCGUAAUUUCUUGUGAAAAAGUAGAAUCUUAUCGCUUAAUGGUUCAAACUCGUUUUCCAAACAGUCGAAUUGAUGUUCACCGAUCAAGAUUUCGUCUUUGGCUAUAA